AUGCGUGGUAAUGAAAGUCGGACACCGCCCUCCUCAACGAUACUGCCAUAUUAUUAUUUUUUUUCUCUUUCUCCCCCCCCCCCCCACCGCCACCGUUUUCUUUCGUUACCACUUUUUGGUUCCUUUCUUUUUCCCAUAAUUUUUUCUUCUUUUUUCCUUUUUACUUGUGUCUCCUUUUCUUUGUUCAUUUUGUUACUUUUUUCUUUUUUUUUUCUUUCUUCUCCUUCCUUUAUUUUUUGUUUCUCCUUUCUUUCUUUCUUUCUUUCUUUCUUUCUUAAUAAUUCUUCAUUCUUUCUUUCUCUCUUCCUUUCUUUCUUAAUAGUUAAUCACCAUUUAUUUCCUGCUUUCUUUCUUUCUUUCUUUCUUUCUUUCUUUCUUUCUUUCUUUUUUCAUUUUAGUUCUCCUUCCUUUAUCCCUUUAUUUUUUUGUUUCUUCUUUCUUUCUUUUAUGGUCUUUCUUUCUUUCUUUCUUUCUUUCUUUCUUUCUUUCUUUCUUUCUUUCUUUCUUAAUAAUUCCUCAGUCUUUCUUUCUCUCUUCCUUUCUUUCUUAAUUGUUAACCACUAUUUCUUUCUUUCUUUCUUUCUUUCUUUCUUUCUUUCUUUCUUUCUUAAUAAUUCUUCAUUCUUUCUUUCUCUCUUCCUUUCUUUCUUAAUAGUUAAUCACUAUUUAUUUCCUGCUUUCUUUCUUUCUUUCUUUCUUUCUUUCUUUCUUUCUUUCAUUUUAGUUCUCCUUCCUUUAUCCCUUUAUUUUUUGUUUUUUCUUUUUCUUUUUUUUUUUUUUUCUUUUCUUUCUUUCUUUCUUUCUUUUCUUUCUUUUUUCUUUCUUAAUAAUUCUUCAUUCUUUCUUUUCUCUUCCUUUCUUUCUUAA